CUCUCCUCAGAAUCUAGAGUUUUCACCAUUGGAAAGUUAACUCAAGUGGGAUUUAACCAAUUUUAUCUAUUGAGGCUUGUGGGAAACCGGAUUGUGCGCAAUAAACAAAAUAAAUUCAGCAGGCGCCAACCGUACGGAUUUCCUACAAUGAACCGGUGCAGCAUUACUCAUCAACAGUGAUUGCAAUGAAAUGUCGACAGUUAAAUUCAGAAUGGAGAUACUGAAAUAUGCUUUCGCGCUUUUGGUCCUACUAGUAAAUUGCACCAACAGGAUCGGUGCAGAGAGAAGAAAUCGGUUAAUAGACCCGCGAAUAUGCGGGCGUCCGUAUUGCUCAGAAACGAACAAUAAAUUUAGCUAUCAACGAAACCACCUGUACAAGUAUGACUACUCCAUGUAUGUCAAAACUGAGUUCUCCGGCAGCGGAGAAAAUUCAUCCGAACUGCACUUGAUCGCUUCUGUGGAGAUUGAUUUUCCCAAACCAUGCCAAGGUAUUAUGAAGCUAUACUCUAUCGAAGUUCGCGACCGGCCGCUGCCGGUAACAGAAGAACAGGACUUUGAAUAUGGGGCAGACUACGUCGAGUCACCACCAGAAGUAGAAUUGCAUCCCAAGAGCGAGUUAAUUUCGGAAGAACUGCAGAGGUUCGAACUGAAGUUUGCGUUCCAUGACGGACUGGUGAGCGAAAUCUGCCACGAAAGUGACGAACCGGUAUGGACACUGAACUUGAAACGAGGCAUUUUGUCGUCGUUUCAAAACAGUAUGCCUCGUUUUGAUAUAGAUUUUCAUACAAGGGAAACGGAUGUGUCUGGGGUUUGUGAUGUAACAUAUACGAUGAGUGGCACUAAGGAAACGAGUUUACUCCUUACCAAGACCAAAGAUAUUACGUCCUGUAAGAAUAGGUACAAAACAAACUCUUUGAUUCAGUCGGUGCCUUAUGACUUUAGACCGAAUUAUGUUGCAUGGCCGAUCCUUAAUUCUACCAGUUAUUGUAAUAUAUCAGUGGAUAAUUACAUUUAUAAAGAAGCUAUAUGCUAUGAACGUCACCAGUUGGUACCGUUUUCCAAUGAUAGAGCUGGUGCCGUAACCGAAUCCUACAGCAAAUUGGUAUUAGCCGACGAAGAAUCGUACACUCCCGAAGAGCAUAAUAUAGAUGACGACUACGAGAUACAGAAACGUUCCACGCUUAUAUACGAUCAUACCCCUUCGGUUCGAGAUAGCAAUGACGAGAUAAAAGCGUCCCGUGAGUUGCUGAAAGACCUGUGCCGUCUAGGAUUUCCCGAUAUUAAGCGUAGUUUCCCGGAUGUGUUUCUACAUUUUCUCUCAACGGCACGAAUGUUGUCAUUCACCGCUCUUUCACAGUUAUUGUAUCGGUCCAAGAGUAUCUGCGAGAAUGGCAAAAAUCAUGUUUUGGAGAGCCUUCCGUACAUUGGCAGCCCAGCAUCGGUCACAUUGAUGAAGGAUCAGAUCAUCAAGGAACAAAUUCCAGCUGAUUUGGCUAAAAAAUGGAUGGAAUCGUUCGCGUACCUUACUCGACCUGACGAGGAAGUUCUGGAGGCAAUGCUUGAGCUGUUAGAGUACGGUAAGGAGAAUGGCGAAAAGAGUUACAUUUUAUCAGCAACCUCUGUGGUUCAUACCUUCUGUGCGGUUCAUGCUGACUGCACGAACAAUGACGCGGUACAGUCUAUUGUUCAAUUUCUGGAAACUGAUUUACUGGAAAAACUGCACAAUGGGCCAAAUUUGUCACGAAAGCUACGAGAAAACAUAAUCAUACUGUUGAAAGGAUUAGGAAAUACCGGUGUUAUUAAUACACCAUUUUAUCACGAACUUCGAGAAAUAAUUGAAAAUGACAAACUACCGAUGGAGAUACGACUUCAAGCCGUUUACACAUAUCGGAGGCAUGAUUGUGUUCGAUCAAAAGAUUAUUUCCUGAAGCUGUUUUCGAAUUUCGAAAUCGACGUGGAAAUUCGUAUUGCCGCCUAUAAACAGGCAAUGCGAUGUCCUGAUUAUCUCUCCGUGAAAUUAAUCAAACACGUACUGAAAAUCGAAGAAGUCAACCAGGUUGGUUCAUAUGUUUGGUCUCACCUAACGAAUCUAGCCAGUAGUGCGUCUCCGGUGAGGGUCGAAGCUCAGGGAUUACUAGCAGAUAACGAUCUUGGCAAAAAAUUUCGAAUGGACAUUCGUAAAUUUUCUCGAAACUACGAAGAAACAUUAUUUUUCGACGAAUAUAACUUCGGCCUAACCACGGAUGCGGAUGUGAUAUUCAGCGCAGAUUCGUAUCUGCCGCGUACCGGGUCACUUAAUCUGACAGCGGACCUAUUCGGUGAGUCCAUCAACUUUCUGGAGUUAAAUGCUCGAGCAGAAGGUUUCGAGUACUUGGUUGAAUCAAUUUUUGGGCCGACGGGUCCUCUAAAUUCUAAAAAGGUUAAAGAGUAUGCGUCAGCGGUAUCGUCUCUGUUUAGUUCCGAGGAGGAGGAUGACGAACAGGUCGGGUACGAUCCGUUGAGUCAGUUUCGAAUUAAACGGCACUUAAAUUCAAGCACGAAUACGGGACGAUCUAAGCGUCAAGAAGCGCGCAGUCCAGUGGUAAUUUCAAGAGACGUCCAUGACAAAAUCGACUCCAUGGGAUACAGGAUGAAAUCGGAUUUUAAAGAUCCUCAUGCAACACUAGGUGUGAAAAUUUUUGGCAAUGAUCUUAAGUAUUAUACAAUUGAGGGAUUCGCAGAAACCGUAAUGGCUGCCGAAAAAAUUAAUCCCGUAAAUAUGCUGAAAGAAAUGCUGUCGGGUAAAGAAUUGUCUUACACUAAAUCGGGAGUUUUUCUGGAUGCGUCAUAUGACGUACCGUUAAGUACUGGUCUUCCACUUGCGCUUAGUGUAAUUGGAGCUUCAUCGAUAGACCUGCGAAUGUCGGGCUCAUUCAAAGUAGUCGAUUUUUGGAAAUCUACCAGGCAUAUCGACGUAGAAGGAAAAGUUAAGCCAGGUGUGUCGAUUGACAUAACAGCAAUUAUGAAAUCAGACCUUGUACAUGCGGCCACCGGAAUCAAACUAAAGAGUAACCUAUACUCCAGUUCUGCACUGGAGGCUAAGGGCAAAGUACGUGGUGAUCGAUUGGUUUCACUCCAGUUCAGCUUACCUCAGGAUCAUAACGAAAUUUUUAGUGCUCGUUCAGAAUUGUUGGUAUUCGAUGACUCCAGAGAAUUGAAACAAAAGGGCAUCGCCAGUCGCUACGCUAACUCCACUUGUACCUGGCCUGUAGUUGAUAGGGCAAUUGGAAUUAAACUUUGUGCAGAUUAUAGUUUGCCAGAUGUGAGCAAUAAUGACGAAGUACCCAGCUUGAUCCUAAGUGGUCCUGUGCAAAUAGAUAUCAGUUUGCAGAAAGCCGAUCCUACUGCGAAAGUAUUUCUAUUCCAAUAUACCUGGGAUACCCACGAGAACACUUCAACAGGAUCGCUCAUUUUCGAGACACCGAAUUCUCAAAUUCCACGAAUUUUCAUUGCCAACAUUACGUCUGACUUGGAAGGGUAUAGUGUUUCAAUGGGAUUCCGUAAUGGUGACAUUUCGCACUCAGCCGUGGGUAUCUAUCAGAAUAAUAAAAAUUUAAGGCGAUUGGAUAUGUCAUUGAAUGUAAAUGACCGAAAAUACUUGGCCCUGGAAAUGGGAUAUAACAAAACCGAAAUCAAAUACGGCAUGAUCUAUAACCCGUCGCUGUUCCUUUCCGUAAACAACGAACGGAUUGCUGGAAUGGCCGGCCAGAUAAAGAUGACGGAUAAGAAAGGUAUCAAACAGUGGGACUUGAAUCUUCAGUUUGAAACCAAGCGUGUGCAAACGAAGGUUAUUGGAUUCAUUCAGCAAACACAAGCGUCGAUAACGACGAAGUUUUCGAUGGAUUACAGGUUCAUCAACGGACAACCAGAACGCUUAACCUUAGGUGGUACGUUUGCUGACAGAAGCAAUCGUGGUCGAACGGAAUACCAUGGUUCAUUCGAGCUGCGUUCAACGGCUUACCCAAAUUUCGAUUUUGCAACAACGUUGAAGUUUCUUUCGGCAUUAGGACACGUUGAAUGCAAGUUGGAAUAUAACAAUGCGGUAGACCUGAAGGAUCCGUUCUAUACAACAACUCUACAACUGAUCUUUGCCCGGUUCCAUGUGUCGGAAACCGGUCGUACCACAGCUUCGGUGGAGCUGACGAGGCCGCGAUCUCGUAUGAAUUUAAAAGCGAUGAUCAAGCACGAGCACAACUCUAAUAAAGGAACAGAGCACAAUGUUUUGGUGCUUCUACGCUACGCCAAAGACAAGGAUAUCACAGCGGUGUUUUCAGUUUACAUGCCAAGAACAGUUUUGUUUGCCAUUGAUACGGCUGCCAACAUAACGGUUCCCGGUUUCGACUCAUGUACGGUUAAUUUCAAAAUGAAAGAAAAGGCUAGAAAAGAAUAUUACUUCGAUUUCAAUGGAAUGUGGUUCUCGGGUCACUCAAUUGCCAUCAACGGAUGGUACCAGGACCGCAGCUCAUUUAUCAAGACCUAUUAUCAUGCCAAAUUGGAAGCUAAAAGUCCAUCUUUUGGGGAAGCAACUGCCGAUCUAAAGUACGUACGAGAUGAGAUUGAGUAUAAACUCGAGAUGCACGCAGAAUAUGCUAAGCAAUCGUACGGAUUAACGGUGCGCCAUGUUCGUGAAUCUGAAGACGGCACUAACACCUAUGCCGGAUUCCAGUGGCGUGAAAGUUUGUACUCGUUUUCUGCCGUAAUGAAGUCAGCUCCGAUCAAAGUUCUCAUUUUGGAAUUGCACAUUGACAAGCUACGUGACAUCAGCGUCACAUUGAAGGGCUAUACAACAGACGUGAAACGAGAGGUUGGCGUAGAGGUUAAAUGGGAUGCUAACCGUGAUCCUACACAAAAGCUCGUAAUAUCUGGCGAAAUCAGUACUCCAAAGUAUCGCAUUUACAACGGACAAUUUAUCGUAUCUUAUCCCAAUCGCACAGUAAGUGGGAUAUUCGAUCUGAAAGCAAUUGAUCCUGUGUAUCUCGCUAAUGCGAGAAUAUCAUGGAAUACAACGGAAGCUAUUGAGCUUAAGUUAGAUGCUGGUUCGGAUGAAGAGAUACUUCGUAAUAUGUGGCUGCUGUUCAAGCUUACGACUCCGUUUGAGGGGUGGCGCUACAACGCCUUGAACGGUGGAUUCUACUUAAAAGACAAUCUGUUGAAAACCAACAUUACCGCAAAGUGGGCCGAAGAUCAAACCCUCGGCUUUGAAGUAAUGGGAUUGUACCUCUCGAAUGACACUGACUUCAACUGCGAACUCAAAACGAAACUUCAUAGCUCUAUUGAACACGUUCCAACGGUGAAGGUGCAUCUGAAGCACAAAUACGAUAUCAAACGUAUCGACACUGUUGUCACCGUGAACCACACCGUAACCGAUGAACCACCCCAGGUAUUCUCUGUUCGAUCAGUAUGGCAAUACGAUCAUGACGAAAACUAUCGCAACGUUUCUGGUUCCCUUGCUUGUGUGAGUCCAUUUGAGGGCUACAAGACUGGUGCCCUGUCGACAAAAUUCUCCCUCAGUGAAAGUCGAGAACUGCGAGGUGCCGCUGAUCUGCAGUUAGAUGACGAAAAAUACGAUUUAGUUCUCAAGGGUCAUGUGCGCAACCUGGUAGACAACAUGCUGACAGUAAACAUAACUUCUUCUAACGAAAAAUUCCGAAACAUUCGAGGCAUCUUUGGGAUUAGUGAAAAAGAACGGCACGCUGUUGCAGAAGUCAAAACACCCAAAAGCGCGUUGGGAAUAGAAGUUCUGUUUGCCGUGGUCACGGCCUAUGAUUUUGACAUAAAGUUUUACUUAGCAACACCUUUGAAGGACCUAGAGAAAGUAAUUCUGCGUGGGAAACUCAAAAAAGACAAUGUCGACUUCCGGGCAGGGUUGAAUAAUUUGAUUAUCGGAUUUUUGGGUGUCUGGCGAAAGGCACAUCUAAAGGACUUUGAAUAUUCGUACAAAGUUUUCACCCCAUUACCGAAGUUCGAAGAGAACGGCUUAAUAUUGAAAUUGAUCACCGAUAAGCAGAAGAGUGAAUACAUUAACCUUGAGUUCAGUGGAAGGUUUUCUCAGUAUAAAUUGGGUCUUAAAGCUGUGUCGGAGCCGAAACCACAGUUGAUGCGUCAGCUUGGGGUACAGAAAGCAUCCGAAUUGCUGGACGAGUUUAUUGGAGAGUCUGAUACGGCUCAAUCAGCCGAUUAUGAAGAAGAAGAGGAAGAUGAUACGGAAGAUGAGGAAGACUUGCUUAAUUUGAUUGGAAAAUUUGAACUUGAUACGAUCGUCUGGCCAACACUGACCGGAACGCUGGAUUUGGAGGAAUACAAAUCAAAAUAUUACGUAACCGGGAAGCUGAAAUUGCCACAAGGGUACAUUGAUAUUCGUGAUCGUUUCUGGCUAGAAGACUUAAUGAACAUGAAAAAUGUCCUGAAGGUUAAAACUCCUUUUCCGUUGGUCACAGAACUACAAUCCGAGUUCGAGCUAGGCAUUCCUUAUCCGACUACUAAGUUCGUGGUUGGGUUCAACGUUUUAAUAUUGAACGUAACGGAAUGGGUCAACACCGGCUUUCAUAUUUACUACAACGUUACGGAGGAUGACACCGACGCUAAGAUCCAUCACGCGAUCGUUAAUUUAAUGACACCCUUGGAAAAUCUCAAAAAAGUUCGAUUGCAUGGUGUACUUGAAGUCGAAGAGCAUGGCUAUAAAGGUAAUUUAACGGCUAAAACCAUGACCACCGAAGGAUCGAUAGCUCUUAUGUUUGAGACUGAGGACCAGUAUAUUGACUCGGCUUUAACAAUUUGGGUUCGAGCUCCGAUAUUACCCUACUAUGCUUGUCGAGUAUUCUACAAACAAGAUCUUGCCGGUGCGGAUAAUGCUAUGAACAUGGGUUUCGUAGUCCACGACGGUGAAUUGUACAACAAUUUUCGACUGGAUGGAGCAUGGUCAACAGCCGAGCCACAUUUUCUGGUAGGAAAAGGAAAAUAUCAAUCAAACUUUUUACCGGUGAACAUGAUCGAUACGGAGUUUGUGCUUACCCGGCAGCCUUAUCCGAAAGCACAGUUCGAGCUCCGGUUUAAUGAUAGCGAUGGCGUCACUGAAUUAGUACGCGCCAAAGCAACGCGCAACCGGGAAAUGGUAGCGAUUGAACUCAGCAUACCCCUGGAAGAGUAUCGAAAUCUAACGAUCUAUGGCAGUGUAAUGAAGAAGGAUGGCGACGAAUAUUCUGUACUUGGUCAACUCUACCGCAAUGAAGAAGUAUUCAAUAUAGAUGGUGAUGCGACGAUCGUUAGAGAUAUACCGAAAAAAGUCUCUCUAGUCAUAAGACCCAUUGGAGAGGGGGAAGAAGGCUCGAUAACAUACGAGUACAACACAGAUGAUACUAAAACUGCAUUCAAUGCAAAGAUCGAACGAGGUGAACGACAUGCUAGCCUGGAUGGCAGCCUUAGGUUGAUGUCUAUGGCAGACUGGAACUUUGGAUUGGAUGUUCAAUCAUCAGAUCCUAAUUUGGAGGGUAUCGAUCUUAAAGUAGGUAUCAGACCACUGGAAAAUAAUCUAGCAGCUGGAUCAUUUAAAUUCAAAUCUCCAUGGAAGCGGUAUGGAAUCGAAGAAGCAGAUAUUAAUAUGCUCUUCGACGUUAAGCCAAUAUCGGGAACUGUUACAGCGAAUUACACAAUUCCAUCUGUUUCCGGAGACGCUAGUUGCUUGUGGAACUGGCAUCUCUUGGAAAAUAUGCAGUUUGCUCUCCACAAUCGAGUUUUGAAGGACACGACUGAGCGGUACUUUGAAGCCGGCGUUCGUUACCUUAGCCCAGAUAUCAAGGGUAACCACAACAUGACAUUCGGUGGCGAUCUUAAUUUAAACAAUAUUUGGAUCUUCAGUACAAAUGCGUCAGUUACUUUUAUUUCUAUAUCCGAUCUUGCUGGUGUUCUAAAAGUUCGUUUACCUAAACCAGUUGGUGAUGUACACACGCUUGCAGCAAGUAUGAAUGGAAAUAUUCCAUUCCUAGAACCAGUUCGUACGUUCAACUUUGAAACAUUUUACGAAACAGAAGAAUCUCGUAAGCGUUAUGCUUGGCAUUCUGAGUACAGCUUCGUAAAUGACCUUCGCACAUUGCUUCGCUUCGAAUGGGGACCGGACGUACGAUCGGAGCGUAUUCAAUCCAACUUAGACGUUUUCCAAAACGGUGCCAAACACGAAAUAUCUGCCAAGUUAAGGGGCCCAUGGUACCUUGAGGACGCAUUCCGUGCCAUAGCUGUCUACGACCUGGUUGAUGGCUUAUAUCUGGUUAACGGCAACGUCUCUAUUCCUGCGUCAAAUAAAGUAUCCGAAGCAAACGUCGCUUUCGUCAAUCUAUCUAAUAUGAAGGGUGACAUCAAUUGCACCACACCAUUCCUGAAUAUUACCUGGUUGCACGGUCAACUGGAAUUCAUUGAAAGCCCUUUGGAGUCGAUUCGUUAUUUGAAAGCUGCAUGGCCCGAAUCGAAUGCGAUUUUCGAUUCCAAAACAACAUAUAAAUCGCACAAUUUGGACCGUGAUCAACAAGGCACUAUCAAAGUUGAGAUACCGUUACAAACCAGACACUACGCAGAAGUGAAAUAUGGAUUGGCGGAACGACCGGCUAUAACCACUGGUCAUGCAGAAAUCGAGUAUAAUAACCAGAAGGUGUUGAGUGGACAGUACACUUCGAAACAGGAAUCAAGAGCUGGGUUCGAGAAAGAAACGGUAGAUGUGACGCUGGAAAACAAUUUCAAGCCUGUUGGGGUUCAUUACGUGCACACGACCAGACUUUUGAAAGAUAAUUACAAAGAAAUGGACAUUAAACGUGCCGAAGUAUUCGAAUUACGCAACCAAAAGAAGUUUAACAUAACAGGUGAACUACAGGUAACGACCAGAGACACCGGUCGGGAGUACGUUAUAACUGCCAUCCAUCCAAACCGAACCGUGGUGUUGUCUGCCGAUUUCGAUGAAGAUGGUGAUACGACGAAGCAAAAAUCAAAGCUGCAACUGUCCCCGAAACAAUGGAUCGCUUACGAUUUCCAUCUGACAAACCUUUCGAAGCCGGAAAACGUUUCGCAGAAAUUUUGGCUGAAAAUUUCCUAUCCGCGCAGAAACCUAACGGCCGAAGGGUGGUACGCGGUGACAGACAAUUCUUUCGAUUCUGAUGUUUCCCUACAGUACACUCCUAACAAGACGAACGACAAGGAUAUUGCUGAUUCACGCAUACUCAGAGGAGUCGUCAGGUGGAUCGAUGACUCGGCGGGUGCAUUUUCAAAGCAAACAGUUCUGAUUUUAUUGGGUCAUCCAACCUUUGAACAAGAUAUAACAAUGAAAGGAGUCUACUAUUCCGACGAUCGCAACCUUCUGAAAACCAAUGUGGACAUUGAAUACACUCAGGCUGCCAAUCAGCACAUCUCAUUUGCUUUUGAUGCGAAAGAUCUGACCUCCCUGGUUGGUUAUCGAAACUAUUCGUACACAUUAUCCGGCUUGCAUGAAGCGUCUGACCUUGAUCUGAACUCGCAAGGUUCUGUUGGACUACGGCUGGGUUUAUAUGAACUUGACUCUAGAUCCUACUAUAAACGAGGCUACCUUUCUCGAAUAGAUGGCUAUGUUAUCGGAAAGGUAGAUGUGAAACAGAAGGAACUACUAUUGGAGAAAAUCACAUCGCAUAGUAAAUACCGGAUGUGGACGAAAGCAUCUGGAGGUUACCCACUGUAUAUGAUAAAUGGAAGUCUUCUGGAUGGUCCAGAGUUGGAUUCCACUGGAUUCUUCUAUAUUGAUAUCGAUAAUAAACUUGUCCAUAUGAAAAUUAACAUGACACCUGAUGCUUCCGAAAACGUGUACAUGUACGGAAUUAUACCGGAUUCAAGGAGUGCUUACUUUGAUUUUUGGCGCGACUACGACACUCUGCGGGAGGUUGAUGUGGCAUUAUAUACGAAAAUGAAUCACUCUCGUCUCGUCACAAGUAAACUUCACUGGCGGCCCGAAAUUCGCAACGAUUUGCGCAACCUGGUGCGAAACUAUGUCACAUCGUUGCACAAUUCGUUUACCGAAUCCAUGGAAUUUUGGAUCAAGCAAAUCUAUCUGGAAUCAAAGGACUCCGUCAACGGCAUUUGGGAUUCUGCACAUCCGUUCAUCGAAGGGUUCCUUGAGGAUGUGUCGGGAUUGAACGUAAUCCAGGAUGAUCUAGAGAAUUUACGACGGUUCCUGAACGAAUCCUAUGUCGCUGACGAUUUCUAUGUCCGUUCGGUUAUUAAUUUUACCAUCACGGUGCUUGACGAAUUAGCCAUCAAAAACAAGUUAACGUCUUUCCCGAAGAUCUUAACUGAGUUCUGGCAGGUUAUGGGCGAGUCAGGGCAAGCUUUGAAGAAGUCGCUAACGUGGUUGAUGGAAACGAUCAAGGCUUCCUAUCAGCGAGUGGUAGACGUGAUUGGACGUAUUCUGCAAGGGGAUUCGAUGCAGUACCUGUCGGAAGUGUUGGAAACCUCGGUGGCUCGUUAUGACAAGUUUAUAAAAGAUCUACACCUUCAGUUUAUAAAGAACGUUCAAGAAAUAUGGAAUAAACUUUCGGAAACGAUCACCUCCUAUUGGCAACGAAUGUUGCAAAACAUUGAACCAUCGGUUAUCAAACUGGCUCAUUAUGCGGAAUCUAUGACGUGGCACGUAGGUCAUGAAGUAUUCUCUUUCCUCUACAACAAAACGCAAGAAAUAGCCGAAUCGCCAUAUUUCACCAAGGUUUCAAACUUUACACAAGAUUUGGAUACUUUGUACAAAGAUUUAAUCCAUAACGAUAUCAUAACCAAUGCUAAAAAGUACGGCUCAAUUGUGAUAAGAUUUGUCCAAGAGAAAUUUUUCCGGUUGGUACCGUUCGGUCGCGAGUUGCAUCAAGUAUUUACCGAACUUUGGGAUGAGAUUAAGCAGUUGCAAAAUCUAGAGUACGUCCAAUUUAUUCUACAGCGCGUAAACGAAGUACGCUCCAAAGCUGAAUGGUUAGCAGAAGAGUUUCAACUGGAGAAACGAGUACGUCAACUUUGGCGAAUGGUUAGAAAUAAGCUCACCAGAUACGCGCAAACUGCCUUACAAGCUGAGAACCAGUACCGUGAAGCGAAAACCAUGUUUAUUUUCGAUCCUGAUCAGGGCAUACUGGAAUUAGAGCAGAAGCUACCAAUGUCCUGGCAUGCUUUCAACGAGACCCCGAAAUUCGAUGAAAUUCCAGAGUACAAGUUCAUUACCGAUGUUCAGGAUUUCUUUGCUGGCAGUAAUACUACAGUUUGGACUCUCUACUAUGCUUUGAAGCCCUACACGGACACCAAGAUGUGGUUACCACCGUUCAAAUCCAAUUCUCUGCUGGUAGGAUCGAGACAUUACAUGUCAUUCGACAAGCGUUUUGUUUCUAUGGAAUUGCGUGACUACCGCGUAAGCAGCGAAGCCGACAAAUGUUCGUACGUGCUAGCACAUGAUUUUUACAACAAAACCUUCACACUUUUACUGGAACCAACGUUAAUCGAUGGCAGGAACUCUCAAAAAAUCGUGUUAUUAACCGAAAACAACUUGUUAGAAAUUGACUUUUCUGAUAUGUCGGUACAAAUCAACCGCAAUGUAACGACUGCUCUUCCUGCUCAGAUAGCGGACACAGUAGUGUAUCGUGAAACAGAUUACCUAGCAAUACAGUCUGUCAAUGGUUUCAAACUAACUUGUAGCCUACAGUACAAUCUUUGUUCGUUUGACCUGACAGGUUGGUACUUUGGAAAAACGGCCGGUAUUUUGGGAACCAUGAACAAUGAAGCUUUUGACGAUUAUAUCACAUCGGAACAAAAAUAUACCCCGUCCAAUAAACACUUUAUCAACAGUUGGAAAUUACCGGGCUGCGAUGUCGAACUGGACGCUACAAAUCACACCCAAAACUAUCUUACGGUUUCCAGUGAAUUGAGCCAAAUUUGCGAGUCCUUCUUCCAACACAAACAUUCGUAUUUUGCUUCUUGUUUCUCGGUAGUAGAUACCAAUCCAUUCUUUGAGAUGUGUUUGGAUUUAGGCCAACAUCUCGUCAGUAGACCAAACGAACCUUCCAAUAAUGGCGCGUGCACUUCAGCUUUAGCGUACAUGGAAGCAUGCCUUUUGGAAGAUGUACCGUUGCGAGUUCCUGACUCCUGUAUUUACUGCCAGCUGAUGAACGGAUCAUACGUUCCAGAAGGUACGUUCGUCUCUAUGAAGGACAAAGAAAUUCCUCAAACGGCAGAUGUCGUGUUCAUCGUUGAAGCCAAGGAAUGCAACAGAAAUAUUACCACGGCAAAAAGCAUCAUUACUAUGGUUCAGUCAUUGCAUAAAGAAUUUUUAGAGCGUAAUAUUACGAACAAUCGCUAUUCAGUGGUUAGCUUUGGUGGUGAAUCACCCUUCGACAAACCGCGUAGCGUGAUAGUCAACGAUAACGUAUUCGUAUCACAUGAGUUUAUUGAGCCAUUUUUCAACCACAUUGCUGCGGGAGAGGGAACCAACGACGAUAUAUUUGAAGCAAUUACCGUGGCUUCUAAGUUAGUAUUCAGACCAGGUGUGUCGAAAACGUUUAUCCUGUUGCCGUGCUCCAAAUGUGCUAGCUCUAGUAUGAAGCUAGACUACUCGUCAUUACUUCAACUCUUGCUAGAAAAUGGCAUCAAGUUGCACAUUUUAGCCGAUCACGAUAUUGAAUCCGAUAAGUCCAGAGUAUCGCAAAUGUUCUUCGGCAUGGAUCGGGAUAAGGCGUACACCAAGAAGGAUAUCAAAGAACUUGCUGGAGACGUUCACCUACGAAAGCAAGUUCGCUUGCCAAAGGCUACGCUGGGUAGCUGUGCGGCACUGGCGCUUGAAACCGACGGAUCUGUUUUCAGUGGACGCAAACUUCGGCCAGAGCGACGCAAUUUGACGAAAAAAUUCAUCACCGUAUUUACGAAACGCGUUGCCCUCACUGCUUCGGCAGUAUCGUGUCAGACCUGCGAGUGCACGGGGCACAACACGGGCGUUUCCUAUAUGCUCUGUUUGCCGUGUACUUAUCCUUCUGCGUUUAGCUUAGACCAAGAGCGCAUGACCGAGGAUGAGCUUCUGUCGGUUCUGCAGCCGGACCAUGACUGGGACUGGGAGGAGGAUGACGAACUGCUGUGAACGUCUGUUUAGAUCAUUUUUAUUGGAAAAUAAAUGUCCAUAACGUUUUAAACUAAACGAAAAACCAAAUAAACAUAUU